CAUCGAUAUUAGACGAUUGAUUUUUUUUCUCACGUACAAUUUUUUUUAUCCAUUACUUUUUUCACGAUUUUUUUACUCCAAGAAAUCAAAAUUUGCUACUCGUCGAUCUAAUGUUCAACGGGCAAAGAGUCUUGUGCACGGAAAAAAAUCCCCCUGUUCAAAUUACCACUCUACACUAGUAAAAAAAUUAUGGUCAGGGAUAUCAUAAUUCUGGUUACAAUCAUAAAUGUGUACAUUUUCAAAUACUUGCGGAAAAGUAAAAACUAGAAUAAAAUUAUGAUUACUCAGUAUAAUCUCAUAUCGGUAAAUUGUACAGAUUUUCUGUGACAGUAUACAUGCGGUAUAGUUUUAUGAACUUGACAGAUGAAAUCGCAAGUUUUACUAGUCAGUUCAUUAGUUCUACCACGCUGCGCUAGAAUCGUAUUCUUUCGACGUCGGUAAGACUACGAUAACAUUGUUAAAUUUUGCGCGCCGCUCUCGCGUGGUCUACGAAGCUUUGAUCGUAGCGCGCGUCGUCCGGGAAACACCGUUUGCGUGGUAUAUCGUAGCGUUUCUUUUGUUACGGUUACUAGCCGGUCUGGUAAAUCAGCACAUGGCCAUCGUAAAUUUUACGAGUCCAACGAAUUUGGCAGUAUUUGUUACUCUGUGCAUCUAAUUUAUCAAAAAUAAAAGAAUAUCGCGGCGUCAUGGCUCUGCCCCAGUAUUUUGGAGGCACUGUUCUUGGUGACUCCAACGGAAUUGAGGAGCAGAGUGUUGUGCCAGAUUUUUUACAAACUUUUAUGGAACUGGGACAAGGCAAUCUACUACUUCAGGAAAAUGUCCCUCCCGUUGCUCCGCCGUUGUUGAACAAUCCAUCAUUGCAGUCAGCCUACGAUCAAAACUACAUUCCAACGGUCCGAUCUGAUCGUCCUACAAGUGAUACACCGGAAACAGUGCUAAGCACGGAACCAGAUGUCUUGAGGCAUCUUAAUUCGGUGGCACAUAAAUUUCGAACCAAUCUCAAAGAAUUACUCAUGAAUGAUCUCAGAGGACAAGAAUAUCUGCAUGCCUUGACGAAUUUGGGGAAAAAUAAUACAUCGCUGAUAUCAUCUAUUUUGAUAGAUAGUGAAUUGCGAAAUAAUCCCGACAAAAGAAUUGAGAGAGGAAAAUUUUUGGACUGGGCCCACGAUCUCGUACUUUUAGUACCGACGACAAAUGUCGAUUUAUGGUAUAGGCCAUACAGCGGAACCAGUAAUGGUCGCCAAUGUGCCGGUGGAGUUCUAUAUCAAAAAUACAAUAACAAACGAAAAACGUAUCGUACGAUUGGUGUUUUAAAACGACAGAAGAAACCAGAUUCUUCAUCAAAACUGGGAGUAAAAAUCAACCCGACAGUUUCCGAAAUUGAAAACAUCAGGUGGCUAGAAAAUAAUGAUGAGCCACGCGAAGAAGUAAUCUACAAGUGGACACUAACACGGACUUAUAGAUUGAAUGCAAUCGAGAGCUGUAUUACUGUUUCAGAAUAUUUGGACAAAUUCAAAGUUCUCAAGCGCUCCGAUGGAUAUAUAUUGCUUGAUAUGGACUUUGAUGAUAAGUACCCUGACUCUAAGAACAAGCUUUUCAUCAAAUGGGCACGUAUUGCCGAGGGCCUUCUCUACGUUGCUCAAAAUUCUUCAAGCCCGGAGGUGCUCAAUGCUCUGCAGACUCAUCACACGCUUAUAACAGAAGGAAAGAUCGAAGUACUAGCCUUCUUACUUCUCCCACUUUUACUGGGAUCAAUAAGAACGAAAAAAAAGACAGUAAACCGAAAGCCUUCUCGAGUAGAGAUUUCGGAACUUUUCAUCGUUCAUGCCGAGACGUUGGAUGAUCUUCAGCCCAAACUUCAAGCUCGAGCUCAGAAUUUGAUAUCAACGAAAACAACUGGCCAACCAUUCCCAGCAUUUAUUGGCCCCAUUGGAAAUUUGGUGAGUUCACGCGUGAUCAUAAAUAACGUCGAAUACGAUGUGUGUUCUCCAUUAAAAGCCAUCGACUCGUGUUUUAAAUCAUUCUUUGCAUUGGAUGCAAAAUAUCAAGAAGAGACGAUUCAUUGCUGGCUUUUUAUCGAAAUGUACGUUUACGAACUGAGCCGCAACUUAAAGAAAUACGCAUGUGUUAACAAAUUGAUUUGCGCACUCAAUGCUUACUUUGCAACUCACAAAGAAACGUAGAAAGAAGGGAAAAAGGAAAUAUAAUAGCUUUAUACGAUUUCCGUUUCUUUUAAUCGAACGAUUUGUAGUAUUUCCAAAGAGAUUUUCUAUACUAAAGACCUGUUACAUGCAAUACGAAUUUAUUUCUCAUGUACGCUUGUACUUGAUUUGUUUAAUUUAGUUUUAACAAAGAAGUAUUAUAAAAUAGAAUGAUAAAAAUAACAAAAACAAAAGUACCAAAAAGACUGAGUGUAGAAAGUAAUUUUGUUGAAUUUUUGUAACAAAACGGUGAAUAAAAUAACAGUAACCAAUACGGUAUAAAAAGAUAGAUUGAUCAAAUUUAAUUUCGUGACGUAAACAUGCAGUGUUUUAAAUGUAGCUUACAAUUUGAAACGUCGAAUCAUCUAAUUUUGCAUCUCAAAACAGAUCACUUCCUCAAGCAAAAUGAUUAUUAUGAGUGCAAAAAUAAUGAAUGUGGCCGUAAAUACAGUUCAUUAAAUUCUUAUCGAAAGCACUUGAACUUAGUUCAUAACGAUAAUGUAGGUGCUCAUGAAAAUAUGACUGUGAUCAAUCCAGAAGUGUGUAGUAACUCAUCUCCGUCUCGUCUCAAAUCGUCUCAAAACGAUGAAGAAUUGAAAGAAAAUGAUUGUAUUAAUCCGAAACGAAGUGACGUAUCUGAGACUUUGAAGCUAGAAGCUGAGUCCUUAAUUUUAAGUCUAUACAAUGAGCCGCAUGUACCUAGAAAAAUUGUCCAGCUCGUGACCGAUAGUGUUUCUUCUUUGUUCGAAAAUGGCAUUAUACCAUUCAUAAAAGACAAAGUACACGCGAAUUUAAAACUUCCGGAAGACUCUAAAAAAAAUGAAAUAUUAGAGCAAAUUGAUGAUACUUUAGACUCAAUGGAAAAUCCAUUUCGAAAUUUGAAUUCUGAGCACAGGCGGUUAAAAGUGCUCACCAAUAAAUAUAAAUAUAUUGCACCCGGAACGUACACAAUAUCGGAAGUUGUGUUAGAGAAAAAAACUUGUGGAAAAGAGAUAGUAAAACCAGUGAUUGUCACGGGCAAAGUAAUUUCACUUCGAGCUCAAUUAAAAUCGGUUUUAGAGAUACCGAAGUUGCUUUUCGAAAUAAAAGAAUACUUGCAAGAAUUAAAAAAUGAUAAUUCCAAAUACAGUAACUUCGUCCAAGGCAAUCUAUGGCAAGAGAAAACACGACACUUUGGUAAUAAAACGGUUUUACCUCUCUAUAUCUACUUUGAUGAAUAUGAAACAGGAAAUCCACUCGGUUCACAUUCUGGAGUUAAUAAAUUGGGGGCUGUUUAUGCAUCCAUAGCUUGUAUGCCACCAAAAUAUGCGUCCACUUUAGAAUCCAUAUUUCUGGUGUUACUGUUUUUCUCACAAGAUCGAAAAGAUCACGGCAAUGAAGCUGUUUUUAAGCCAUUGCUCGAUGAAUUACAUAUAUUGAGAGAUGAGGGAAUUAAUAUUGUGACAGACUCCGGCGAAGAAACUCUAUAUUUCAGUCUUGGUAUACUGAUAGGAGACAAUCUGGGUUUCCAUAACAUGUUGGGUCUGACCGAAAGUUUUUCUAGCAAAUUUUAUUGCAGAUUUUGCAAAGCGCCAAAAGAAAUGUGUCAAACCUUGUCUGUUGAAGAUCCCAGCUUACUAAGAACUAAAAAUGAUUACGACAAUGAUUUGAAACUUAAUGAUUUAAAAAAAACUGGAAUAAAAGAAUGCUGCAUAUGGAAUAGUCUCUCAGAUUUUAAUAUAUGUGAAAACAUAUCGAUCGAUAUAGCGCACGAUUUCGGAGAGGGUAUUUGCAACUACGUAAUGACAGCAUUAAUCAAUACUUUCAUAUUUCAAUUGAAAUUCUUUACUCUUGACACUCUAAAUUUCAGGAUACAAGUUUUUGAUUACGGACGGUUAGAGCUGCCGAAUAAACCACCUCCCAUUUAUUUGCAAAAAGCGAAAGAAGUUCGCUUAAGAAUGUCUGCAUCAGAAACUUUUUGUUUCGUGAGAUAUUUUGGUUUUAUGGUGGGUGAUUUCGUUCCGGGCAAUAACCAAUUUUGGCAUCUAUAUGUAUUAUUGCGACAAAUAAUCGAUUUAAUAACAGCCCCUCAUUUAACAUCUGUACAGAUAGAUAUGUUAGCGUAUUUAAUUCAAAAACACCAUGAGGUCUACCUCGAGCUUUUUCCUGGAAAAAAACUUGGACCAAAAUUUCAUUUUGCUACGCAUUAUCCACGAGUAAUACGAGCAGUAGGGCCUCCAAUUUAUUACUCAACAUUGAGAUAUGAAAGUAGGCAUCGUCUGUCAAAGCUAACUGCAAAUGUCUCUUGUAGUCGUAUUAAUAUAAUUCAUACAUUAGCGAUGAAAUAUCAACUGCAAAGUUGUAAUUUUGUGCGCAAUUGUAAUUUAUCUAAAAUAAGAAACUCCGGUCCUUCGCGAGAAAUUGAUACAAUUACUUACAAUACAUAUUUCAAACAUAUCGGACCUCAAACUUCAAUAAAACUUGUUUCUUGGAUAGACAUUUACGGAACAAAAUAUUCCAAAGAUUCGAUAUUAAUAAUAAAUAAAGAGACAAUGUAUCCAGUUUUCGGUAGAGUGACAGAUAUUUUUUUGGCUGGCGACGUUCCUUAUUUUUUGUUCAAUCCCUUACCAUCUUGUCAAUUUAAUUAUCAUUUUUGGGGCUUCGAAAUAGUGAAUUCCACAAAUAUGGAUUUACUUAAAAACCUAAUUUCUUUUAACGCACUACCAUGCUCACGCCUCUGUUGUCUGUUGCUCAUUAAGCUCUCUAAAAUGUAUGUAACUGUAAGGUAUGCUUUGUAAAUAUUUUGCGAUAUGUUAUAUCUAUGUUGUGGUUCGAUAGAUGUAAAAAAUUAUUUGAAAUGUGUGUAUACGAUGUGAAAUACUUGCAAUAAAAUUGUAAAAUUUAAAA